UGGCAUGACAUGACAUUUUAAAUUCUUUCUAGUUUGGGUUGGGAUGGGUGUAGAAUAAUUCCCUUUUGUGCGAUUUUUUGAACAAAAUUUUUUUUGUUGCACUUCAAGCCCGGGUACACCUCCUUUUCCAGAUUUAGUUGUAUUUCUAAUAAAAGAAGCAAAAUUUUCGAAAUAUGCGUGAAUGUAUUUCUUGUCAUCUUGGACAAGCCGGCGUCCAAAUUGGUAAUGCUUGUUGGGAGUUGUACUGUUUAGAACAUGGAAUUCAACCAGAUGGUCAAAUGCCAUGUGACAAAACGGUUGGGGGAGGAGACGACAGCUUCAAUACUUUCUUUAGUGAAACCGGUGCUGGAAAGCACGUCCCUCGAGCAGUUUUUGUUGAUUUAGAACCAACUGUGGUAGAUGAAGUACGAUCAGGAACCUAUCGACAGCUUUUCCAUCCAGAACAGUUAAUAACUGGCAAAGAAGAUGCAGCCAAUAACUAUGCUCGUGGGCAUUAUACGGUUGGUAAAGAAAUGGUUGAUUUAGUGCUAGAUCGUAUUCGUAAGCUAUCCGAUCAGUGUUCAGGAUUACAAGGCUUUUUGAUUUUUCACUCAUUCGGAGGAGGAACUGGAUCAGGAUUUACUUCUCUUUUAAUGGAGCGACUAUCUGUAGAUUAUGGAAAAAAAUCAAAAUUGGAAUUUGCUAUUUAUCCAGCUCCUCAGAUUGCAACAGCAGUUGUGGAACCGUACAACUCAGUUUUAACCACACACACUACUUUAGAACACUCAGAUGCUGCUUUUAUGGUGGACAACGAAGCAAUUUACGAUAUUUGUCGACGGAACUUGGAUAUAGAACGACCAACUUACACUAACCUAAAUCGUUUAAUCGGUCAAAUUGUUUCUUCAAUUACAGCUUCUUUAAGAUUUGAUGGCGCCCUUAACGUGGACUUAACUGAAUUUCAAACUAACUUGGUACCAUAUCCUCGUAUCCAUUUCCCUUUAGUUACAUACGCUCCCGUUAUUUCGUCUGAAAAAGCUUAUCACGAACAACUAUCUGUUAAUCAGAUUACUAAUGCUUGCUUCGAACCAGCUAAUCAAAUGGUAAAAUGCGAUCCACGACGUGGAAAAUAUAUGGCAUGUUGCAUGCUGUACCGUGGAGACGUGGUUCCUAAAGAUGUUAAUGCUGCUAUUGGUUGCAUUAAAACCAAAAGAGCAAUUCAAUUUGUUGAUUGGUGUCCUACUGGAUUUAAAGUUGGUAUAAAUUACCAACCACCAACGGUUGUUCCAGGUGGUGAUUUAGCUAAAGUUCAACGUGCGGUGUGCAUGUUGUCUAAUACCACAGCUAUCGCUGAAGCUUGGGCUCGUUUAGAUCAUAAAUUCGACUUGAUGUAUGCUAAACGAGCUUUUGUUCAUUGGUAUGUAGGGGAAGGUAUGGAAGAAGGUGAAUUUGCAGAAGCUCGUGAAGAUAUGGCAGCUUUGGAAAAAGAUUUUGAAGAAGUUGGUAUGGAUUCCGUUGAAUGUGAUGGAGAAGGAGGUGAAUGUUAUUAGAUGGAUAUUAUUUUAAAUUGAUAGCGCUUUGUGUUUUAUGUUUUGUUCAUGGGUGGAUGUAAAACUUUUGUUUGUGACAAUAAAUAUUUUUGAUAUA